GAGUGAGAUGCCGCGACACCAAACGGCCCCCCCUCUCCUCAACCUCCACGCACUCUCUCGCUCUCCUGCCCAUUCCCCCCUUUAACCUUUUUCACCCUUAAAAGUACAACAGAUUCACCAAAAUGCCACUCAAAAGUGUAAAAUCUCGUUAAAUUCUCCAUCCCUGCAAGCUCCGGUAACCGAUCACCGGACCCGAAACCAAACAACAUGCAACCGGGAGAGACAGUUUCCCGGUCAGCUCUAGAAAAACCCCUUCACCAACUAACCGAAGAUGACAUUUCUCAGCUCACUCGCGAAGAUUGCCGCCGUUACCUCAAAGAAAAAGGUAUGAGAAGGCCGUCGUGGAACAAAUCGCAGGCAAUACAGCAAGUGAUUUCACUCAAGACACUCCUAGAAACGACGCCGGAGACAGAAUCUCCAAGGCGACGACUCUACAUUCCCCCUCCUGAUAACCCUCCUCGUGCCCCUGCAAAUUCCUCUGUCUCGGUGAGGGGAGAAAGUGCCGAUGCACCGAUCUUGGUGUCAGCUGAGGAGUUAGUACCGUCCCGGCAACCCGAUCCCCCGAAUCCCGUUGUUCCCGCUGAUCCCCCGCCGCCGGUGUUUGUCGCUGCCACCGAAAAUGAUUCGGUUUCUCCAAGAACUACAGGGGCGGCAAAAGAAUCAGCAGGACAGAUGACAAUUUUUUACUGUGGGAAGGUAAACGUCUAUGAUAAUGUACCGAGAGAUAAGGCACAAGUAAUAAUGCAUCUUGCUGCAAGCCCAUUUCCUCCACCUCAGGAAGCUUCUUCAAAUGUAAUUCCAGCACUAUGGCCUAUUCCAUGUCAAUUAGAAACUCCAGGUGUCAAAGCAACUCCAAAUUCCACUGUGGUGAUCUUCCCAAACCUGCCAACAGUGAAAGGCGCGGAUGAUGGUCAGCUUCCCCAGGAAGAAAGCAGCAUAGCUCGUGAAGACAACCUAGAAGGCUCAACAAGCAGAAAAGCAUCCUUGCAAAGAUAUUUAGAGAAGAAGAAAGACAGGUUAAAGAACAAGAGAAAGGUGGCAAUGACUUCUGCUAGCGUAGACAUCUACUUAAACCAUCGGGUUGGAGAUCAAAUCUCAAAUGAUCAUUGGAACCUAAAUGAUGCCUGCUCAUCUCCCCAACCUAGACCUCCUCAAACGCCUAAUAGAUGCAACUCUAUUGACAAUUUAGCAAAAAAUGGCAGCCUUUCAGCUGACCUUAAUGAAAAAGGAUAUGCACAAAAGCGUUUACUGCAGUUCAGCUUGUGGUUCUUUACUGAAAGUGCUGAAUGGAAGAGAUGCAACACACUGUUGAAUGUUAUUGAAAAUACAUGUUAACCGACAAACAAGAGAGAAUUGUGAAAGCUUGGACGCACAAUUCUUUUUCUUGAACUGGCAUUACACCUUAGAUAAUGGAUUUUUAUUUAUUUA